GUGCAGCCAAUCAGGGCUCGAUCAUCACUAUUAAUGCAGCACUUACUCGGGUAAAGGAACACAUUGCUGUGGCCAACCCCUAUCACAAGGCGCCCGAGAGGACAUCAUCACCCGCUGGAUAACCGUGUCCUUUGGAUCUGUUUUUUAACCCUUCCUGAGGGCUUCGCUGCUGGUGCUUUUGAUUCUGUGUGUGUGUGUGUGUGUGUGUUUGCGUGUGUGUUUGCGUGUGUGUGUGGGGUGGGGUACAACUCCUCGAUCAUCCAAGUGAGAGUGAGCCAUGUCAGUGCUGCCUUCUUUCGGUUUCACUCAGGAACAAGUCGCUUGCGUGUGCGAGGUGCUGCAGCAGGGAGGCAACCUGGAGAGGUUGGGCAGGUUCCUGUGGUCUCUCCCAGCCUGCGACCACCUCCACAAGAACGAGAGCGUGCUCAAGGCGAAAGCCGUGGUGGCUUUCCACCGGGGCAACUUCCGAGAGCUCUACAAGAUCCUGGAGAGCCACCAGUUCUCGCCGCACAAUCAUCCCAAACUGCAGCAGCUCUGGUUAAAGGCCCAUUACAUCGAAGCCGAGAAGCUGAGGGGCAGGCCCCUGGGGGCGGUGGGCAAGUACCGGGUGCGGAGGAAAUUCCCCCUACCCCGGACCAUCUGGGACGGGGAAGAGACGAGUUACUGCUUUAAGGAGAAGUCCCGGGGAGUGCUGAGAGAGUGGUACGCGCACAAUCCCUACCCAUCCCCGAGAGAGAAACGCGAGCUCGCCGAGGCCACCGGGCUCACCACCACCCAGGUCAGCAAUUGGUUUAAAAACAGGAGACAGAGAGACCGGGCGGCGGAAGCGAAGGAAAGAGAAAACAACGAGAACACAAAUUCCUCUACCAAUAAACAGAACCAGUUGUCGCCCAUCAACCGCAAUAAAAACUUGAUGUCGAGUUCCGACGAGGAGUUAUCGCCGCCCCAGAGCCCAGACCAUUGCUCCGGGAGCCCAGUGUUACUCCUCCCGGGGAGUCUCAAUCAAUCGGUGGAUUCCACCUUCUCUCUACACGGCCUGAGCUCAUCUCCAGGCGGACACAGCGGCCCAGUCCACCCGCAUGGACUCCAGGACUCUCUCCUCGGCACACUCACAUCCAGUCUGGUCGAUCUGGGAUCGUAAAACAAACACACACACACACACACAAAAAAAAGGACACACAAGAACAAAACAGAAUAAAACAAAUCGCCGCUGGACAGCCGACAUCUGAACUGAUCUGGACAGACACACUCCAGUGCUGUGCCGUGUAAAUAAUUUAAUAGUCUUGUUCGAAGUUAUGGAAUUGAAUUCAACUGAUGGUACUUAAACAAUAAAUCUGUGAAGAAGAAUGAAAAUACAUACAACCACCACCCAACGCUGUGCUUUCUCUCUCUCUCAAAGUCUUCAGAGAGAGAGAGAGAGAGGAGAGAGAGACUUGGCGUUUCAUUUAAUGCUCUUCAAAUCCUUACA